ACUUUGGAUCAUUUGACUCAAGGAAGAAUUGGGUGGAAUGUUGUUAGUUCAUAUUUGGAUUCUGCUGCUAGAAAUUUAUUAAAUGGUGAACCAUUACCUCCACAUGCUGAAAGAUAUGAAAGAGCUGAAGAAUAUGUUAAUGUGGUAUAUAAGUUGUUCUUAUCCUCUUGGGCUGAAGAUGCGGUUGAAUUAAAGAAUGGGGUUUUCACUAAUCCUGAUAAAGUUAGAGAAAUUAACCAUAAAGGUAAACAUUUCAUUGUUCCUGGUCCAAAUAUUGUUGAACCAAUUCCUCAAAGAUUACCAGUUAUUUUACAAGCAGGUACUUCUAAAGCUGGUAAGGAAUUUGCUGCCAAGAAUGCCGAAGUUGUUUUCAUCACCACUUUUACUCCGGAAGUUUUAGGAAAACAAAUUGCUGAUAUCAAGAAACUCGCUCGUGAAAAAUACAAUCGUCCAGAAGGAAGCAUUAAAUUCUUACAAUUGAUCACUCCUGUCAUUGGUCAAACGCAAGAAGAAGCAGAAGAACAAUAUAAAGAAUUACAAUCAUAUGGAGAUUUAGAAGGUGCACAAGCUUUAUUUAGUGGUUGGACCGGAAUUGAUAUUUCCCAAUAUGAUUAUGGUGCAGAUAUUACCGCAACCAGUACUAAUGCUGUUAAAUCAUUCCUUGAUUUAUGGAAUAAGAAGGACCCAGGUGAAGCUGAUCACCAUAUUAAAACUAGAGAAUAUAUUGCUAAACAAAUCACAAUUGGUGGAUUGGGCCCAGUAUUUGUAGGUACUGCUGAAAAAGUCGCUGAUGAUAUUGAAAGAUGGGUCGAUAUUUCAGGGGUAGAUGGUUUCAAUAUCACAUAUGCCAUCUCUCCAGGUACAUUUGAAGAUGUUGUUGAAUAUUUGAUUCCUGUGUUACAAAAGAGAGGAUUGGUUUGGGAUGAUUAUCCUGAAGUAGACCAUCCUUUGACAUUUAGAGAACAAAUAUUUGGUAGUGAGAGAAAGGAACCUCAUUAUUUGUUGGAAUCUCA